AUGCCAGGCGGCAAGGUGAGCUGGAUCCAGGCACGCGAAAGAGCCGGUGUCUUUCUCCAAUUCAGUUUGACGUUGCAAGGUCUUUGGCAAGCACCAGAUGCUUGUCUCAAAGUCCCCGAAGCGUUUGCCCACCCAGGGCACCAGACGCUCUUGACUCCGUCUAUGGCCUGGGACCGCAUGUUAUGCGUUCUGUAUCGAAACCAUCGUGGCUUCUAG